AUACUAUGAAAUUCCAUUUACCCGACUUAUUCUUGUAGCGAGGUGGGGGAUGAACGCUGAAGCGAUAAUGAUGUGUUGCAUCAUUGUGUUGCCCCGCAUCCCACAUCCCACCAAAGAACCCCCCCCGAUCCCGGACUGCCCCGCCGACAAUUCUUGGUGGAAAUCCUCCAUACACCGACUAUGACUACGUAGUGCUGUUGCCCCGGACUUUAAUCUAUAAACAACAAUCAUUGAAAUAUCACAAAUUGAAGAUAUUGCCAUCAUGUCUUCUUUCACUGAUAAGAAGGUUCUUAUGCUCGGAGCUGGGUUUGUGACUCAACCGACUCUCGAUGUCCUCAGCGACGCUGGAAUCCAGGUCUCUGUUGCUUGCCGUACUCUCGAAAGCGCGAAGAAGCUCGCCGAAGGUGUCAAGAACGCCCAGGCCGUCUCUGUCGACGUCAACGACGCAGCUGCCCUCGACGCCGCUGUAGCCAAGCACGACCUUGUCAUUUCCCUCAUCCCAUACACUUUCCAUGCAAAGGUCAUCGAGUCUGCGAUCCGCAACAAGAAGCACGUCGUCACAACCAGCUAUGUCUCCCCAGCCAUGCUGGAGCUCGACCAGGCUGCCAAGGAUGCCGGAAUCACAGUCAUGAACGAGAUCGGUCUUGACCCCGGAAUCGAUCACUUGUACGCCGUCAAGACCAUCGAGGAGGUUCACGCCCAGGGUGGAAAGAUCCUUUCCUUCCUGUCAUACUGUGGUGGUCUUCCAUCCCCAGAGAACUCCGACAACCCGCUCGGAUACAAGUUCUCCUGGUCGUCCCGUGGUGUCCUCCUUGCUCUUCGCAACGCUGCCAAGUACUACAAGGAUGGCAAGAUUGUUGAGAUCGAGGGCAAGGAGCUGAUGGCUGCUGCCAAGCCAUACUUCAUCUACCCUGGCUACGCCUUCGUUGCCUACCCCAACCGCGAUUCCACCCCAUACAAGGAGCGCUACAACAUCCCCGAGUGCCAGACCAUCAUCCGCGGUACUCUCCGUUACCAGGGCUUCCCCGCCUUCAUCAAGGUCCUCGUCGACAUGGGCUUCCUCUCUGACGAGCCCGCUUCCUACCUCACCACCCCCAUCGCCUGGAAGGAUGCCACCGCCCAGAUCCUCGCGGCCAAGUCCGGCAGCGAGGCUGAUCUCAUCGCCGCUAUCAAGACCAAGGCCAGCUUCUCCAGCGAGGAGGAGGAGGCUCGUCUUAUCUCCGGCCUGAAGUGGAUUGGUCUCUUCUCCGACGAGGCCACCAUCCCCCGCGGCAACCCUCUCGAUACCCUCUGCGCCACCCUUGAGAAGAAGAUGCAGUUUGAGGCCGGCGAGCGUGAUUUCGUCAUGCUCCAGCACAAGUUCGAGAUUGAGCACAAGGACGGCCGCAAGGAGACGAGGACGUCGACCCUGUGCGAGUACGGUGACCCUAAGGGUUACAGCGCCAUGGCCAAGACCGUUGGUAUUCCCUGCGGUGUGGCUGUUAAGCAGGUGCUUGAUGGUACUAUCAGCGAGAAGGGUGUGUUGGCGCCGAUGUACGGCAAGCUCAACAACCCGCUCAUGAAGGAGCUCGAGAAGUACGGCAUCACCAUGGUCGAGAAGACCAUCUAAGAUACCAUUUAGAAGGCUGGGAACUGGGGUAAAAUGAGCUCUUAAAUAGCUCUAGGUUAAACAAAAUGCCAUUGAUUUAUUCCGCGGUUGGUGCUCUCACGUCUCCCACUCCAUGCAGCAAAAUAUUAUAGGUCUUAUCAGCUACGGUAUAUGUCAUGUCAUUACAAAUAUAUAAAUACAGAGCCCUCCCUAAGGCUCGCAAAGCCCACAUAAUGCCUACUCUCGACGCUCUCGUCCAAAGCAGAGCAUAUUUCCCGCCUCUGAUUGCCGAACAGCCUCCAUUCGAUGUCGAGGUUUCUACUGAUAUCAGCUCCAACCACACAGGGAAACCUGUAACGAGUGCAGGCAGACUAACCGGCUGAAUGUGAUGAGGCCGCGCCCAAGCCAUCCCCAUAUGCAAACCCUGCGCCUGGGCGUGCCCUGAUGACACAGUAGGCGAAUACUGUAGUGGUGUUGCAGCGCCGGAGGAUCCGGAGCCAGAGCUAGAGCUAGAACCGUAAGAAGAUUCUGGUAAUGGUCGACGGCGAGAGCUUGACCCUCUGGCGCUACGAGUUGGGGGGUUGUCACGGUAUGGCAUCAUGUCUGUGAUCUCGCCGGCGACGUUUAUGGGCUGGACGGUUUGGGUAGCGCUGGGAUGGGGACCGCCCAUCCCGUUGUGAAGUGCUAAGGCUUGGGAGGUAUAUGACGGUGAGGAGCGUGACGUCGAAGAUGUGAUAGGAUCCGAAUCAGCCGAUUUGCCCAUUUUGGUCGUUUCUGUGCUGAUAUGGGUGGGAGGAAUCAAGAGAGCAACGAGGUUGUUUUGGAAUUGAAUGAAGCAGACGAGACUGGGAGAGAUAAUAUGAGAGCAUAGAUUACCUUGCAUGCCACCCAUAUCUUACCUCAUAUGGACCCUACCGAGGUGAGUUUACGUAGGUUCAUAGUCUCGCGACCAGAGAAAUGGGAUCGAGGGUUCUCUAAAAUCAUACGAGAUGCUUACAUCAACGAAGAGUGCCUAGCUUUCUAAGUACAGAUAAAGCUCACGAAUACUUGAGUAGC